UAUCCAAAUAAAUACCCAUUUGAUUGAUUUUCGUCGUUCAAAUUCCUAUCCACAGGUAAGUGGUAAGUGGUAAGUGGUACGUGACCCAUUUAACUUAACUCUGCAAAUGGCCAUGGCCACAGCUGGCGUGUGUCCUCAGAACAUCACCGGAGCCAUCGUGACCAAGAAGCGAAUGAAGAAAGUGGUACACGUAAGAGGCCUUAAUUCAUUCGGGGGAUUAAAGGCUAGCAAUGGUGUCGUCUCUUUGGGGCUUCCUUUGAGCACUGAGAAGUGCUUCGCUAAGAUUGUGAGCUCAGUAAAAGCAACAACAUCAAAUGGAAAAGGAAAGGGAGGGGCGCUCUCAUCCACGUGCAAUGCCGCAGGUGAGAUAUUCAACAUCGCUGCUAUCAUCAACGGUCUUGUCCUUGUCGGGGUUGCGGUUGGUUUUGUCCUCCUGCGAGUUGAAGCAUGGGUCGAGGAGUCUGAAGCAGAGUGACUGGUGAUUCAGAUAAGCAUGUAUAUUCAUGCUGUGGCUCUUCUUGUUUUCGUUAAUCAUAAUGACUUGUAUAUUUAUUUCUCAACUUUCAUAAUUUUCUUGGUUUCUUCGUAAUUGGAUUUCUUGUCGAUAAUCUGUCGGCAUGAACUGCUGCCAAUCCUAAACUUCUGCUUUCAACCUGGAAGUCACGGCCUCUGGCUGUUCUAAUCUAUUUCCUGCUAAAUAUUA